GAUCACAUUUUAAUGGCAUGUUGAAGAUAAUAGAAAGAUGUUGAAAAGUAUUAGUCAAUUACAAGUCCAUUUUAAUCUACUGAAAAGUGCAACCAGCUUGCAGCAACAAGUUCGGACCACAUUCAUAUUAAAGCGCAAAUAUGACCCGCUGUUACACAAAACCAACGAAAACCCACGGCGUAUGCGUGCUAAAAACUUCAUAUACGAGCUCGUGGAGGACACCCAGGUGAAAAAACGGCCCAACAUGGAGGUUGUACUUAAGACAUUCGUCGAGGGUGUAGGUGAUAAGGGCGAUGUCGUGUCUCUAAAGCCGAAUUUUGUCUAUAACAAACUCCUGCUGCCGGGAUUAGCCGCCUACAAGACGCCCGAGAACAUUGAAAAGUAUGCCAAAACAGAGGCCGAGAAGUCAACUGUGCAGCAUAGCUCCGCCUAUGCUCAGCGUACAGUUAACAUGCUGGAGUCCAUUGUGCUAGCUGUGGUAAUGAACAAGGAUCAACCUUGGGUAAUCGAGCCAUGGCACAUUAAGGCUUCACUGCGCAAGGCCGGCUUUCAUUGCAAAGACGAGUGCAUAACUUUGCCCAAUGAACGUAUUGAGGGACCCGAUUUAAAAAAGGAAGGCAAAGAUUUCUAUUGCACCAUUACAAUUAACAAACUCGAGCAAGCGAAGCUCAAAUGCCGGUUACACCAUUGGAGCACAGACCCAAGCGAACGGUUACCUUAUGUACUGGAACAUUGGAAAAUCCCGUCAGAACCACUACUUGGCGUCAACCUGCCGUCAGAGAAAAAUGUUUGAAUAAAUUAAUGUGUGGCUUAA